CUUUCGUGGCGCCCCGCAUUCAACCAUCCCAUCGCAAGCCAAGUCAAGUUCCGAUUCUAGGCCUUCGGCGCUUCCAUGCCUACCUAAAGUUUACACUCACAUGACAUUUACAACCUCUUCCAACUUUACUCCUCAACCGUAAAAAAAAAAAAAAAAAACCUCUUCCUCUACGACUUCUACCAUCAACCAACCACCUACAAUGGCGAACCGUCAGAUGGCCCGCGACAUGCAAGUCGAGUUCCAGGCUCGCUUCCAAGCCAAGCAGGCUCGCCGCGAGGCUCAAAAGGCAGCUAAGCAGGACCCCAUCCUGAAGAAGCAGAUCCAGGACCUUCUCAAGAAGGGCGAGACGCAGAAGGCUUAUCAGAAGGCCAAGAUGCUGCUGUCGAAGCAGGCGCUUGCUCAGCAGAUGGAUCAGAUGGCUGAUAUGGCCGAGUUGUCUGCUGCGCAGAUUCAGGCCAACAACUCGAUGAACCGCAUGACACAGAUGAUGGCCCAGUCAUCACGAACUAUGAAUGUGGCCCAGAAGAACACCAACCCCGAAAAGACCCUCGUUACUCUCGAGCAGUUCAAGCAGCAAAACGAAGAAUACGCCAUGUCCAACGGCAUCUACCAAGACGCCAUCACCCAGUCUACCUCCACCCAAGUCGGCGAGGAUGCUGUCCACGAACUUCUCGGCAAGCUUGCCGACGACGCUGGCCUUGAGCUCAGCAAGGAACUCAACCAAGCGACACCUUCGAACGCCGAACCCCAGCAGACCAACGAGCCUACUGCUGAGGAGGAGGAUAAGCUCCAGCAGAGGCUGCGAGCCCUGCGUGCAUAGUCUUGCUGCUCGUCACAGGACUUGCCUCGUUUGGCACUUUCGAACUCCAAUUAUUUUAUGCGAUAGGGGUGGCAUGACAAAUUCAUCAUGAUCAACUUUCGGAGAGGUACGUUUUCUUGGUCAAGGUUUGGCGUUGGGGUUUCUGGUGGCGACAUAAAUUCAUCUUCAUCUCCAACUUCGAGAAUGAAGGCAAUUUUUCUUUAUUGUUUAUCAAUAUCAUACAUUAGACACGACA